ACUAUCAUUGCAUAUCAAUAUCAUCCUCAGAUCCCGCGGUUCUCUUCUUAUUGAUCGAGACGGUUCUACAGUCUCGUUUAGGGCCUUGGUCUCGGUCGAGAACCUGUGUUCACUGAACCAUCGACUGCUGGUCAGGUGAGCACGAUGCCGCGGCGUCGGCGCCAGCGGCCAGAUGAUCCAGAUGAUCCAGAUGCUGUCCAGCGGCCGGAGGAUGGACUGGAUCCUGUCCUGAGGUCGGCGGAGAAUGUUGACCGUGCCGUGAGCCCAGCGGAGGAUCUGGACGUCGUUCCGAAGCUGGAGGUGAAGGAGGAGCCUCUGAGCGACCCGGACGACCCCGAUGACCUGCGGCUGGUGCUGGCCGCCGUCGGCUCGGUCACGCCGGCCGGGGUCGACUCCCCCUGCCUGUUCAUCAAGACCGAGACGGCGCCCGACCUCGGCUGCGGCCCGCUGCUGCCGACCUCGGAGGACGUGCCGCUGUUGGACGCCGAUGAUGCGCGACCGUCUCACUCCGGUACCGCCGGACCGGAGGGUGCGACUGGCGGCAGACGGCGCGGCAGACCGCCCGGGGUCCGCAGUGGCUCGGUGGUUGACGGGCCCUCCGUGGCCGGCGGCAAGCGGCGCGGCAGGCCCCGUACGGUUCGCAGUGAUACGGCGGACGACAGACUCCCAGCUGCCGGCGGCGGCCCGGUGGGUGGUAGACGGCGGGGCAGGCCGCCCGCCGUCCGCAGUAAUCCGGCGGGUGACGGGCCUCUCUCGGCCAGCGGCGGCCCGGUGGGUGUUAGACGGCGGGGCAGACCGCCCGGGGUCCGCAGUGGUCCGGCGGGUGACGGGCCCUCCGCGGCCGGCGGUAAGCGGCGCGGCAGGCCCCGUAAGGUCUGCAGUGGCGCGGUGGGUGACGGACCUGCGGCGCCCGACGACGGCCCGUCGCAGUGGCGCUGCGCCCGCUGCCGGGUGACGCUGCCCUCGGCUGACGCGUUCGAGGAGCACAUGUCCGACCACGAGAGCGGUGCCGGCCGCCGCUGUCCCGUCUGCCGCAAGGUGCUGUACGGAGAGCUCUGCUACUUUCGGACGCACAUCAGCCUGCACUCGGGCGUGAAGGACUACGAGUGUCGGCUGUGCGGCAAGUCCUUCGCAACCAGCAAGUACCUGGCGCGCCAUGUCUACCAGGCUCACAGCAAGGCGCGUCCUCACAAGUGUCCGGUGUGCGCCAAGGGGUUCAAGUUCGCUGCGAACAUGCGGCUGCACCACAUGACCCACACGGGCGAGAAGCCGCAGCAGUGCCGUUUCUGCGACAAGGCGUUCCGUUCGCAGUUCUCGCUGCAGGCUCACGAGCGUAUUCACACGGGCGACCGGCCGUACAAGUGCGACGUGGAGGGCUGCCAGUUCGCGGCGCGCGAAGGCUCCAGUCUGCGCACGCACGUCAAGAAUAAGCACAGCAAGGAGAAGGGCCACGAAUGUCCGCACUGCGACCGGACGUUCACGAAACCGGGCGUCAUGCGUGUGCACGUGCGUCGAGUGCACGUCGGUGAGCGGCCGAUCAAGUGUGACUUGUGCAACCAGACCUUCUUCGACCAGAUGGCCAUGCUGAGACACAAACUGGUGCACUCGGCCCAGCGUCCAUUCAAGUGUUCCAUCUGCCCGGAUAAGGCUUUCAAAGCAAAAUAUUACCUCGCGACCCAUAUGCUCACUCACACCACAAAACCCACCUUUAAGUGCGACAAGUGCAACAAGCUCUUCAAGUUCUCUCACUACCUGACCAAGCACAUGCAUACCCACAAUGAAGAGAAGACCUUCAAGUGCGAGUGUGGCAAGCGUUUCAAGUCCCAUCGCUGCCUUCAACGUCACAUGGUGCGCCAGCACGUGGUCGGCAAGCGCUUCUCGUGCUCGGAGUGCGGUAAGCGUUUCGUUUCUGAGCGCUCGGCGGCCUACCACGUGCAGCGGUUCCACACGCGCCUCCCGUCCGUCUGGUGUCUGGAGUGCGACACCGAGUUUCGGCGGGCGGCCAAGUUCAUACAGCACUACGAGAAGUGUCACCGGGACAGCGGUCCGUUCCAGUGUCCCGAGUCCGACUGCGGCCAGGUGUACAAGAGCGUGCGCUGGUUCGCGCGACACCGGACCCAGAGGCACAUGACGUACACCACGGACGGCCACCCUGCCGGGCGCGGACGCCAGCCCGGGGUGCUCGAGGAUGUGAAGGUAGGGCGGAUAGAGUGCGAGGUGAAGAUCGAACAGGAAGUCGAGGAGGAGGGGCUGUGAAGACGCUUCUGGGGGUGUGACACUUGUGAGCGUGCGAAGGGAAACGAGAGUGCUGGGUGUAGGACUGUGAAUUGUGAUGAUGGGGACGAGGAUAUCGAGAGAGCAGUGAUGAAAUCGCCACAAUAGUGUGGUCUCAGUGAUGAAAUCGCCACAAUAGUCUGGUCUGCUUCUAGUCAGUGGCCGAUGAGCGUCCUUCAUAUUGCCGAACCGGAUAGGGCCAGAACUGAGAAAACUGAUUAGAUCGGUCCAAAAGUGAUACAGUAAGGGACAGGGUGCCAAGCUGCCGAGGCAAGCAGUGGUCUGAAAGACGCUAAAUGGAACUGGAAGGAGCAACUGAAGACAGUUGACUAUUUAUCAGAGUGAUAUUCGUGCAGAAGUCCAUGUCUCUGUGCUGAAUGUAAAUGUCUGUCUACCUGACAGAUAGGCUCUAGCUCCACUGCAGCUUUUGUUGUUGUGCUACAACAUUCAUUACUGUCCUGAGCACCAAAGUUUUGGUGUAAUCACUGUCGUAGGCUGACAGGCUUUCAGUUGCUACCCUGAGUUAAGUUUGUUCACCAUGUGACUGCUCAGGUUCUGACACCGCUGCCUAUCGCCAGCCUGUGUGGACGGCUACUGGUCUGUGCCAAAGUGGCGCCGACUCGGCUCUUGGGUGCCGUGAGCCCUGGCCGGCCGCCACCCUCUACUUACGUGUUAUGUGUAGCCAGAUAGUGGGUGUAGGUAGGAACACUACAUAGGUACAUGCAUAGAUGUGACGCCGUAAAAAAGACGGGCUGACAUAGAUUAUAUGACUUUUGGCGCACAUUUUAUGGUGUGGGCGCAAGAGCGCUAAUGAGUUUUGACGUGUGAAGUAAUUUUUGUGUUACAAAUUUGUGAGAGCGCUAGUUAGUUAUCAAUUUCUGUUUGAAGUAUUGGCAUGCAUAUUCGCCUGCUUUGUGAUAUUGGGUUAUUAGUCGUGUGAGCUUAGCUGCCAAUUUUGUUGCCAUAUUGCAUUUUUUUUGACGUUAUGAGUUAUUCCUGGCUGUGAUUUGUAAUGAGUUGCAUCAAUUCUCAAAACAGGGUACAUAUUAAUGAGCUUUCACAAUGUCUCGGGCAACAGAGCAUUGGUUGAUUCAUGAUUUGUCGUGAUUGAUGGGUGUUUGUUGUUUAUUUGAUGCCUUUUUGGGAAGUUCAGUAUAAUUUAGAAGUUAAAUCGUAAUUUAAUAUGUUUUUCACCGGAUAUAUAUAUACAGCUCAUCGUUUUCUGUUGUCGUCCGGGACCGCUCAUCUUCCCGUUACGCAUUUGUCCCGGUGAUGUAUUGCGAUUUGCGAAUGGAGGAAUCCACUGCUGCCGCUUGACUGCCCGAGCAUGGCCACUUGGCUCCCUUUUCGUGAAUUUAAUUAACGCUCACAUUAGUCAAGAAUCAGGCAAAUAACUGUUAUGGCAUUUGUGUGAGAAGCACCUCAGUUCAAUGCUAAGACUCAUCGCUUCAUUUGUCUCGCUGUUCGUUAGCUGGUGGAAUAAACGGUACAUACCUUAUACUUAGGUAUGGCACUCGCUCAUA